AUGGAUCCUACAGUUGACAACAAAACGGUGGCAUCAAGUAAUACAGAUGAAACUGUGCCUUUUUCUCGCGUUACAGCUGUUGCUACAGGAUGGAUACAAGACUUCUUGUUUGUUAGUCUGUGUCGAUGUUUCAAGGAACGAAAACUUGAUGAAUUCAAUGAAACGCUUUCGGCUUUCAAGGCCAUUCCUCAGAGUCUCUCUCACAAAGGACACCUCCACAAUGAGAAAACUUUGAUAUGUGCCUUCCUCGCAAGGGUCAUGCAUGGAAAACAGUUGGAUGUCUUGUUUGACAAAGACGACAGUGUGAUGCCUCUGAUGUCUGCUGCCAAAAUAUGGUCAAACCUGGAAAAAACAGUGACGGACGAAAGUUUGUUUGAAAACAUAAUGAUUCUUUUGCUUGUCCAGUCUGUGGCUGUUUGCAUGGAGAAAGGCCAAAGAUCUUCUGCUUCCUCUGCUCUCAAGUGGUUUCAGAACAACUAUGAAUUCCGGCAGAACGUGAAUGUCAAGCUGUCAUCAAUAGUGACACAGAGGGACACCUACCAUCCGUUCCUCAUGAGCUUCAGCUACAGUCGCAUGUUGGAGACAGUCCAGUCCUUCUUGGAUGCCUACCUGGAGAAGAAUCCUUCUGACUACAUUCUCAAGGCAGCCACACAGAUGGCCCAGUCGUCACAGGACAUGGAGGGUUUUGAGGACACAGUGACACGAGACAUCUCUGUCUUGAAAAAAGCCAACGAAUCAACAGAAAAGGAUGCAAAAAAAAAGAAGAGCACUGCAUGUUUGAGAACAAAACGGAAACUUCUCUCAACUAAAAUAACUGAUGUGUGGAAACCUGAUAGUUGCAAGAAGUCUUACAUCUCCCUCCGAAGAAUCUCCAACAAUGAGUUAUUACAGCUGUCUGACAAGUCAAUGGACACCUCGAAGAUCAACCAAGAAUCAAAAAACACAAGAAAACCACCUCGGAAAUGGACACCCGAGAUGGAUCAAAACCUCAAGAGCGGUGUUCGACAUCACGGCGAGGGGAAGUGGUCUCUCAUAUUAUUAGAUUAUGACUUCGAAGGACGCACUGGCACCAUGCUCAAAGACCGCUGGAGAGUUUUAAAGAGGGCACACAAAGUCUGAUGAAGAGGGAGAGUGCCUCUAUAACCAGUACAAUGUAGCGUUAUAUCUGUAAAUAAAGCAUAGACCAACUCAUUCAACUGAUAUUCAGCCCAUAGCUUAUUGAAAAAGGAACAUUUAUGGAUGCUUCAGUCUGCACAGUGGAACAUAUACCACCAGAGGGCACUAGACACAGAAUAGUGACAAUAUCUUUUUUUUCCCUUUUCUUUUCUUUUUUACAAAAUCAUUAUAAAAUUACACAUUAAACAUAUAUUUUUUAAAUAAUAUUUUAAGUUAUUUAUUUUUUUAAGCUGCUGUGUGUAGAAUUUAGUGGCAUAGCAGAGCGGACUCUGCAUACAUGGAAUGUAGUAUUCAUUGGUAUGAUUUAAUUAUUGUGUAAUCACCUGAAAAUAAGAGUCAUUGUAUGUUUGUUACCUUAAAAUCAGCCCUUUUUAGCAGGGGUUGUUAAGUUUAGUUGCAGCUUCACCUCUAUGCGCCACUAAAACUUACACACUGGUCCUUUUAAGAAAUCUAUUGGAAAAUGUAAGAAAAUGGAUUUGUUACAAAGUAAAGCAAAAUCAAGUGUGAUGUGUGAUUAAUGUGUACUAGAACAAGAUGAAAUAAAACAAUGCCUGGACAAAGUAUGCAAUCUAGUUACAUAGAACAUUUGACAUAUGCAUGAUGAUUCCAGUGAUUUGAUCUUUCUUUUAUAUCAAAUGUGUAGCAUAUUUAGCACAGCCACUGAGCCUCAAGCUGUAUGUCUCUUAGUAUUGAAAGCCUGUUGUAUUAAGGCAUGUGAUCUGAACAUAAUAGUUCCACUGAUGGGGGGCUCUUUGACUGUGAAAUGUUACUG